CGAGUCUCACGCUGCCACACAGCGGGAUCGGCUCAGAGAGGGGAUCGGCUCAGAGAGGGGAUCGGCUCAGAGAGGGGAUCGGCUCAGAGAGGGGAUCGGCUCAGAGGUGCUGACGGCGUAGAGGAGUCGCCCUGGUGCCCGAUCAGCCUGGAGACGGAUCGGUUGAGUGAGAGGGGUCGAUGUGGAGGCGGGUCAAGCAGCCGAGCGAGUGAGUGACCAGCCACGGGGAGACUCGGCUCAGAAGGUGACCGACGCAGACGGACGGGGAUCAAAGCCGAGGCCGCGAUGUUUGAGACGGAGGAGGCGGGGGAGGAGGAGACGGGAGACGUGGCCGAUGCAGGGGGUCCGGACGAGAAGGGGGGCCGCUCCGAGGACGCAGGAGGACUCGGCGGGGGCCCCGGGGACUCGGGCGAGGAGGAGGAGGGCGGCCGGUGGAGGGACGCCGACGACCCCGGCCUCGCCGUGCAGCUGCGCCCCGAGUCCAAGCGGCGGCGGGGCAAGGGCGGCUCCCGGAGCCCCGUGCGGGACGAGGGCCCCUGGCGGGCCCUGCUGGGGGGCUCCUCGGGCGGCGUGAGGAGGGCGCUGGUCGUGGAGUUCGUGCUGCCCACGCCGCGGGCGCGCUCGCGGGAGGCCGAGCGCGUGCUGGUGGCCGUGCCGCUCUGCGUCACCGUGGAGCGCAUGCGGGCCCUGGUGUGGGCGCGGGCGCGGCUCGAGAGCGAGCACCCGCGCGUCUACCAGCGCUGCAGCGCCGACGCCUACUCCUUCCUCUAUCGCAGCAGCAGCGGCGGCAGCAGCAGCAGCAGCGGCCACCGCGGGGCCCACGGCGAGGAGGGUCACGACGACGACAGCGGCGGCACGUGGUUCGAGAUAUUCGACCCUCAGCAGCUGGUGCACAGCCUCCACUGCUUCAUCCGCUGGAUGGAGGAAGAGGAGGACGAGAAGAAGCGGAAGGUGGCGAUGGAGAAGGAUGGAGAGCAGGGCGUGGGGGAGCAAGACGCGUGGUCUCCGGGCUCCAGGAGGAUCCACGUGCUCGAGCGGGCCGCGCUCCAGGUGGAGGAGAGCCCUCAGCUGCGCCGCGAGCUGGACGAGCUGGUGGGGGUGGAGCUGUCCCAGAUGGACGGAGGCCCAGACGAGGAGGUGUUCUCCACGCGCAGGAAGCUCGACGCCCUGCGCCGCACGGAGGUGCGCGACCGCGACCCCCUGCACUACGCGCUCGACCCGCGGGUGGUCACCUGCGCCAUGCCCGGCUUCCUGCCGCUGCGAGCGCCCGGCGGCGGCGGUGAGAUCUUCGUGACGCUGCACCACGGCGCCUGCAGCCAGAAGAUGAAGGUCGGCCUGGACGCGCCGCCACAGCAGAUCCUGGCCGCCUUCUUGCGCAACGUGGCCAGGAAGGGAGACCUCUUCAGCCUGCCCGAGGGAGGCGGCCUGGCGCUCAAGGUGUGCGGCAGGGAGGAGUACCUGGUGGGCGACGGGGUCCCGCUGCGCGACUUCCACUGCAUCCGCAGCAGCCUGCGCACGCCGGGAACGGACAUCCACCUCGCCGUGGUGGAGCUGCCAGACGUGGAGGAGGACGCGGUGGAGGCCGAGUCGUGGCCCCUGGUGGACGAGGGCACGGGCCAGACGGGCACCCACGAGCAGCUCUCGCUGGACCACAACGACCACGAGCACGCGCUGGCCAUGUCGCUGUGGGACUGCGCCAGGAGGUUCCGCGUGAAGGUCGUGGGGGUCGAGAUGCCCGCGCGACCCCGCGACGCGGACGACCUGGACGUCUUCGUGGAGAUCCGCAUCUACCACGGCCAGGAGGUGCUCUCGGCCGCCAGCACCCAGCCAAAGCCGCUGGCCGACGACGAGGUGCUGUGGAACCAGCGCCUGGAGUUCGACAUCAGAGUGAGGGACCUCCCGCGAGAGGCGAGGCUGUCCAUCUCUCUCCACGGGGUCAAGUCCAGCUCCCAGCAGCGUGGCGGCGGCGGCGGCGCGCCGGACGCUCCCUCCAUCUCGGCGCCCUCCUCCUCCUCGUCGUCGUCGUCGUCGUCCGCAGUGGGGGAGCCACGCGCCAAGAGCGCUCGGCUGAUGUUCUACGUGAACCUGCAGCUGAUCGACCACCGCUCUCUGCUGCGGCAGGGGGAGCAGCUGCUGCACAUGUGGAGGCACCCGGAGCGCGGCGAGGACAUGGCCACCAUCGAGGCGGACAAACUCUCGUCGGAGCAGAACCCCGAGCGAGACACCGCGGCCGUGGUGUGCUUCCUGCUCGACUCGUACGCGUUCCACGUGGCGCUGCCCCGGGGCAGGGCCGAGAACGGGGAAGGCGACAACGGCUGCUGCCCCGAGUCGGUGCUGCCCCCGGGCAGCGCGGAGUGGCAGCGCUUCGAGAAUCUGGUGAACGCGGAGCCGCUGGGAGCGCUGAGCGCAGAGGACCGCGCGCUGAUGUGGAGGCACCGCGCGCUCUGCGCCACCACGCGGCCCCACGGCCUCCCCAAGCUGCUGCGCUCCGUGCGCUGGAGUCGCGCCGAGGCCGUGCAGGAGGCGCACCGCGUGCUGCGGCAGUGCGACCCGGCGCGCCUCGGACUCGACGUCGCUCUGCAGCUGCUCGACUGCCACUUCGCGGACGCGAAGGCGCGGAGCCUCGCCGUGCGCCGACUCGAGCUCCUGGGAGACGACCACGUGCAGAGAUACCUGCUGCAGCUCGUGCAGGCAUUGAAGUUCGAGCCCUAUCACGACAGCGACCUGGCGCGCUUCCUCAUCCGCCGUGGACUCAGGAGCAAGCGCGUGGGCCACUUCGUGUUCUGGUUCGCGAGGGGCGAGUGCGCCUCCUCUCCGCGCUUCUCUCGCCGCUUCUCGCUGCUGCUGGAGGCGCUGGUGCGGGGCGCCGGGCGCGCGGCGCGGCGCCAGCUGCAGGCGCAGCUGCGCGUCGUCAGCGUCAUGCGCGACCUCGCCGUGGAGGUCAAGAGACUCGUGCCGGACCGCACGGACAUCCCGCCCAGCGCCACGGCCUUCGUGAAGGAGCGGCUGCAGAGGGCCGAGCUUCCGCCCACGUUCCGCGUGCCCUACGACCCCACGCUCAUCGCGGGCUCCAUCCAGGUGGACAAGUGCAAGAUCAUGGCGUCCAAGAAGAAGCCGCUGUGGCUGGAGUUUAGCAGCGGCGACCCGACGUGGCGCGGGGACUCGUCCAUCGCGAUCAUCUUCAAGCACGGGGAUGACCUCCGCCAGGACAUGCUCAUCCUGCAGAUCCUGGUGAUCAUGGAGUCGAUUUGGGAGAGCGAGUCUCUGGAUUUGGGCCUCCUGCCUUACGGCUGCAUCUCUACCGGAGACAAGAUCGGGAUGAUUGAGGUGGUGCGCGAUGCCACGACCAUCGCCCAGAUCCAGCAGAGCCGCGUGGGCAACACGGGCGCCUUUCGCGACGAGCUGCUGCACCAGUGGCUACGUGACAAGUGCCCCAUCGAGGCCAAGUACACGCAGGCGCUGGAGCGGUUCGUGCAGUCGUGCGCCGGCUACUGCGUGGCCACGUACGUCCUGGGCAUCGGGGACCGGCACAACGACAACAUCAUGAUCCGCGAGAAUGGAAACCUGUUCCACAUCGACUUUGGCCACAUCCUGGGCAACACCAAGAGCUUCCUGGGCAUCAGCCGCGAGCGCGUGCCCUUCGUGCUCACGCCGGACACUUACGUGAUGGGCGUCACCGGCAAGCGCAGCAGCGCCUACUUCUGCAGGUUCCAGGACACGUGCGCCAGCGCCUACCUGGCUCUGCGCCGCCACACCAACCUGCUGCUCACGCUGCUCUCCAUGAUGGCGCUGACCGGCAUGCCGGAGCUGAGCUGCCGGCAGGACGCCCACUACGUGCGGGAGGCGCUGACGGCCGGCAGGCCGGGCCACGAGGCCCAGCGGCAUUUCCUCGAUCAGGUGGAGGUGUGCCGUGACAAGGGCUGGACGGUGCAGCUCGCCUGGUUCUGCCACCUUGUGCUCGGUGUCAAGCAGGGCGCGAGCAGCUCCUGAGGCCACUGGUCACGGGGAAUGACUGGCAGCACCACAAACACCAGAAGUUCCUGAUGGCCCAGAACACCAGAAGUUCCCCAGAGCAUUGGGCACUCACAGCUACUGCGGGCCUUGGCACCUGCAGUUUCUGAGGGACCCACGAUAACAGAAGUUCUUGAGGGGCCCCAGGGUCCAGGCGCUUGAGGGUCCCAGGGCAACCGCAACUCCUGCAAGACCUGUCCUGUAAAAUAAUUACGUUGAACUUCUUUCGCGCCGUACGUAGCGCUGUACGUAGACAACAAACUAAACAUAAAAGCAGUUCUAAAAGGAUCCUCACAUACGAACACACUCCCAUUCUGUGAUCAAAAACCACGUUUAUCCACUUUGAAAUAGAAGCCCUUAUUCUUGUUAUACCACACAAGAGUUCGUACGUCUCACGUCUCCUAGUUACAUAAAUCAAACAAUCAGAUGUUGAGCCAUGCGCCUGUAUGGUACUUCACGCUGCAAGUGAGCGUGAUCGGUUGGCGAUGCUUUGCAAUGGGAGUGAUACGGUAUCCACGGGUCUCUACGGGACAAUGUUGGUAAAUCUCCGAUAGAAACUUGACAUGCUGUAUCAUUAAGUCUUCUGAAACGUAUUCUGUGUAAUUCGUGUCGGGAGGGUGCUUUAGUUUUGCUCUCUGAGCUUUGGGCACUUCCACAACAUUAUGAAGAUGUUGGGGCCUAGACCGAAUAAGCAAGGUAAGCCAUCGAGGGGGCAGUGCUUAUAGCUUGAUGCCUUGAUCCACAAUAUUGGGGAGGGAGAUGUGGGGGGGCAGCUGCCUCCCCUACUCCCUCUACUCCAACGCACAUGCUGUUAUCAUUCAUUAAAUACAAAUUAAAACAUUUUACACACCCAAAGUUUUGGUCUUUAAUGUUGUAGUUAGGCCUAUGGCCGAGUCACAUGGAA